AUGGGCACUAUACGCAGGCCGGGGAAAUACAGAGUGGAGAGGGAUGUGCUGGAUGAGCAGAGACUGGAGGAGCUAGCACUGAGGAAGAGCUAUACUGACACUCACCCCCCUCUUACCAAACGCCUCAAAGAUUCCCUAAGAUGUACAGUACCUAAGCUGAAGCAUAGUGUGGUGGGCAGCUUUCCUGUAUUAUAUUGGCUGCCCAGAUACUCAAUUUGGGACUAUGGCAUGCCCGACCUCAUCUCUGGAAUCAGUGUGGGCAUUAUGCAUCUGCCACAAGGUAUGGCGUAUGCAUUGUUGGCCUCCUUGCCUCCUGUAUUUGGGCUUUACACAUCCCUUUAUCCUGCAUUAAUCUACUUUUUUUUCGGGACGUCGCGUCAUAUUUCCAUAGGUACAUUUGCUGUGCUUAGCAUCAUGGUGGGCAGUGUAACAGAGAGACUAGCCCCAGACACGGCCUUCCUCAAAAUGAAUGGGACAAAUCUUACAGCGGUUGCAGAAGUGGACAUUGCUAGCAGGGAUUCAUACAGGGUACAGGUAGCUGCUGCCACCACUGUCCUAGGAGGGCUUAUUCAGGUGGCACUGGGUUUGGUUAAGUUUGGAUUUGUGGGAACCUACCUUUCUGAACCACUGGUGCGGGCUUACACGACAGCUGCUGCCGCCCACGCGGUGGUGGCGCAGUUAAAAUACAUCUUUGGAGUUUCAACCACACGGUUUAGCGGGCCGCUGUCACUAGUGUAUACAUUGGUGGAUGUUUGCUCCUUGCUGCCAAAGACCCAUCUUCCCACUCUGGUGGUUAGCGUAGUGUCUGUGGUGUUUCUCAUUGUGGCAAAGGAGCUCAACUCCUGCCUGAGCCCAAAGCUACCAGUGCCCAUCCCAGUGGAACUCAUCACAAUCGUGGCAGCCACGUUGAUAUCCUCCUAUGCUGAGUUGAACAGUGACUACAUCAUCCCAGUAGUCGGGGAAAUUCCUAGCGGUCUAAGUCCUCCCAGUAUACCAGAUGUGAGCCUUUUUGGGGAGGUUAUCAGUGAUGCUUUUGCAUUGGCCAUCGUAGGAUAUGCCAUAUCCAUAUCACUUGGAAAAACAUUUGCACUGAAACACGGGUACAAGGUGGACAGCAACCAGGAGCUGGUGGCGCUGGGUCUCAGCAAUGCCGUGGGAGGCUUCUUCCAGUGUUACUCUGUCUGCUCCUCCAUGUCCCGAAGUCUGAUCCAGGAGAGCACAGGAGGAAAAACUCAAAUGGCUGGAAUGGCCUCAGCCGUUAUAGUUCUGGUGACAAUACUGAAGCUUGGUCCACUGUUCCAGGAGCUGCCGAAGGCGGUCCUUGCGGCGAUAGUCUUUGUAAACCUGAAGGGGAUGUUCAAACAAUAUUCUGACGUCAUUACGCUGUGGAGGAGCAACAAGAUUGAUCUGGUGGUGUGGCUGGUCACUUGGGUGUCGACGCUGCUGUUUAAUCUGGACAUGGGCCUGGCAGCUUCCAUCGCUUUUGCUCUGCUCACCGUUAUAUUCAGAACUCAGCUGCCAACCUACUCUGUCCUGGGACAAAUUCCAGAUACAGAGCUCUAUGUGGACAUAGAGACCCACAAAGAGGUGAGGGAAGUCCCGGGCAUCACCAUUUUCCGUUCCUCCGCCACUGUGUACUUCGCUAAUGCUGAUCUUUACCUCGAGGCUCUGAAAGAAAAGAGCGGGCUGGACAUCAGCAAAAUGAUCAUCUACAAGAGAAGGCAGGAGGCAAAACAGAAACGCAGAGAAAAGAGGGCCGAGAGACGGGCAAGGAGGCAAGCCAAGAGAGAGAGGCGAGCGCAGAGGGCGGCAGAAAAGAUGGCCGGAGGGCCCGUGUUCUCCGUAGAGGAGGAGGCCGACCGCUGGAGAGACGCGUGCGUGGACAGGAACGUGGUGCAUGAAGAACACCAGGUCUGGAGCGCGAGGGAGAACGGCACCGUGUUCGUCAUGCCGACGACGUCUCACACGCCGGGCGGUCACUGCAGAUGGGAGUACCUGAAAGGAGGCGACCCAGACGGCGCCAGCCUCGGAUCGGUGUCUGAGCUGCAGGAUGCGGACACCACCACCCUGGACUCCAGCAGUGAGGACACCCUGAGCCGGGACCUGGAACGGGUCUCGCUGGGCUCUCUGGGAAAGUGGACCUGGGACAUUCAUUCCAUUAUUCUCGAUCUCUCCACAGCCAACUUCAUCGAUACAGUAGCUAUCAAAACUAUGAAAAAUAUAUUCCAGGAUUUCAGUGAGAUCGACGUAGACGUCUACAUGGCCGGAUGUCAGGCAUCUGUGGUGGAGCAACUGGAGCGUGGCGCGUUCUUCUCCGAGUCCAUUACGAAGAGACAUCUGUUUGCUACCGUCCACGACGCCGUGCUGCAUUGCCUUAACCACCGCGGAGCAUCGUCAUGCUCCACAUAUGAAUAUUCAUUGGAAAUGCAGUGCAGCGCGAAACUUUAG